GUCGCCAUAUGCCUGAUAUUAUUUAGCUGAACAAACAUUUGGGUUAAAACCCAUUUAUUAAUCCGUUUUCCUCUUUUGGAAAGCGGUUAACGCCUUGUGGGGCGCAACAUUUCCCACGCUAAGGAAAGUCGGCGCUUUUCAAGGGGCGAGGCCCCGCUUUUUGGGCACUUGUUUUUUUGUGUUAGCACACAGCUUUUUACCGAGACAUUUAGCUUGUGUCUCUGUUUUUCUCUCGGUUUGUUUGUGGUCAAGAUGUCGCCGUAAUGGGGUCUCCGCGUUUGACAGAAACGAAUAAGGGCCUUCGUCGCCUGACCUGCAUUCGCAACAGCCCGUUGUUCUCCCCGUUUACCCCGUUUCAUGCUAGAGAGCUCGAAGGCUCUUUCCCCGGAGUUAGGCCUCAAUAUGGAGAAAAACCCAAACGCAAACAACAGCAGCAGCACGAAGAUCCCGCCCCGUUCCAGCUCUACAGGCCCGACUCCUGCAGACUCUAAAGCCAAAACAGGUAACGUUAAAUCAGCGCUAACUCUUGUAUUUUUCUCAGCUUUUGCCGUGAAGAUAGCCUUAGAUGCUGACAUGGCAAAUUUUGACAAGAGACCCCCUCAGAGAGGUGGCGGAGGGGGGAGACUGUAUGGACUUGCUGGUGGUGGGAGAAGAGAAGAGGUAGCAGAGAACUGCCGGGCAGAGUUUAGCCCGGCUCAGUUUGCUGGACCCAAAAAGAUAAGUCUGAACCACCUGCUCAACUUCACGUUUGAGCCACGAGGAGGUCAUUUUGGCUCCGGGGGUGAUGGCCACUCCUGCUGGGGUCGCCGCAACAAGUGGGGUCACAAACACAAGCCCUUCAACAAGGAGCUUUUCCUGCAGGCUAAUUGCCAGUUUGUGGUAAUUGAUGAUCAGGACUAUCAAGCCCACUUCACUGAUCCGGACACUUUGGUGGACUGGGACUGUGUGCAACAAGUGCGCAUCUGCAGUCACGAGGUGCCGUCGUGUCCGAUCUGCCUGUAUCCCCCUGUGGCGGCCCACAUCACGCGCUGCGGCCACAUCUACUGUUGGCCAUGCAUGCUGCACUACCUCUCUCUGAGCGAGAAGAGUUGGUCCAAGUGCCCCAUUUGCUAUGAGGCUGUGCACAGCGCUGAUCUCAAGAGUGUGGUUGCCAUGGAGACGCAUCAAUACGUGACCGGUAACGUCAUCACUAUGCGUCUAAUGCGGAGAGAGAAAGGAUCGCUGGUGGCUCUUCCCAGCUGUCAGUGGGUGAAGGUGGAAGAGCCCAUUCAUUUUGGAGAUGUGAAUUUGCGUGCAUACUCCAAGCUGCUGCUGGCGUCUCAGAAGCAGGUUUUGGGUUUGCUGGCUGAAGAGCGGGUGGCUCUCCAAACCCAGCUCAGCCAAGAGAAAGACGACCCACAGGCCUGUUUCAUACAGAGCGCCUUACUGCAGCUGCAGGAGCGAGAGGAGGGUCUUUUGAAGGGAGGCUGUAAAAAUGGUGGUUUUGUUGAUGGGGCAGACAUGAGGAAACUGUCUCUAUCUGGGCACUCCUCUCCAGAGGUGGUCAAGAACCUCCCAAAAUCAAAGCCCAUCCUGCAGUAUGCUUCAGCGUUUGAUGAUGAGCUUCAGGAGGCUCAUGAGGAGCCCGUGGAAGAGAUAGCUGUUCAGAGUGUUCUUGAGGUGGCCAAAGAGAUGCCUGAAAGAGCUGUGGUGGACAAACCUACUUUUACUCUGAAUGAACAGGAGCGAGAGGAGGGUCUUUUGAAGGGAGGCUGUAAAAAUGGUGGUUUUGUUGAUGGGGCAGACAUGAGGAAACUGUCUCUAUCUGGGCACUCCUCUCCAGAGGUGGUCAAGAACCUCCCAAAAUCAAAGCCCAUCCUGCAGUAUGCUUCAGCGUUUGAUGAUGAGCUUCAGGAGGCUCAUGAGGAGCCCGUGGAAGAGAUAGCUGUUCAGAGUGUUCUUGAGGUGGCCAAAGAGAUGCCUGAAAGAGCUGUGGUGGACAAACCUGUAGAAGAGAUACCUCAGACCAGCCAGGCCGCUCAUCAUGGCCCAUAUUACUACUUCUAUCAAGCUGAGGAUGGUCAGCAGAUGUUUCUGCAUCCAGUGAACGUGCGCUGUCUGCUGAGAGAGUACGGGAGCCUGGAGAACAGCCCUCAGUCUAUCACCGCUACCGUAGUGGAGAUUGAUGGACAGACUGUCACUGAGGAAAUUCGCCGUCGACAUCGUUACCUCUCUCACCUGCCCCUCACCUGUGAGUUCAGCCUGUGUGAGCUCAACCUUCAGCCUCCCAUUCUCUCAAAAGAGACCCUGGACAGCUUCGCAGAUGACUUGGAGAAACGGAAGCGCCUGAGGCAGAAGAAAGCGAGGGAUGAAAAGAGAAGGGAGAAGAGGAUUGAAAUUGAGGAAAACAGGAAACAUGGCAAAUAUCCAGAGGUGCACAUUGGACUUGAGAACCUCCAGCAUUUUCCUGCUUUUGGAUCGCCGCCUCAGAGCGGCUCACAGGUGCAGCUCCCAGAGCUCCUGCUGGGCCCCCCGUCUCCUCUAAGCAGCAGCCCUUCAUCAGAUGGAGUGAUGUUUCCUAAUCUGAGCGAGCACAGUCCAUCUCGGAGCGUAGCCAGUGUAGAAGAGGAUUCUCACUGCAUGUCCUUCGCUCAGAUGCUGAAAGAUGGGAAAGCCCGUGUGGAUGCCGGGCCUAAAACUACCCCAAAGAAAGGUGAGGACAUGUUCCUGGCCCCUCCUCUGGCAGACAGUGAUGGAGAGAGUGACGGCUCUGAUCGGGUCCCAGUACCCAGUUUCCAAAACUCCUUCAGUCAGGCUUUUGAGCAGGCUUUGUCCCAGCUGGACCAUGGAAAUCAAACUCCAGCACAGGCUUUACCCAUCCCUGAUGAGAAAGGGGGGAAGAAGAAGAAGAAAAAGCAGAAGCUUCUGUUCAGCACCUCUAUGGUUCACACCAAGUAAACACUGAAGUCCACCCUUCACUCCCGUUUCUACUUUCUGCCUUAUUCCUUCCAUAUGCUUAGGGUUCAUUAUGACCCUCAACAGCAGUUUCCCUCCUUUUUUCAUGCCCCUGUUGAAUGAGAACCUCUCCAGACAUUCAGUGACCUGCAGGAAGCUCAGUAUCAGCAGUGAUUAUACACUUGUUCUGUGUUUCUUACAGAAGGGACAUAUGCUGAAAUUUAAGAGCCUAGAUCAGGUACAUUUGACAUGGUGCUGUAGUUUAGAGCUGAUAUUCCAAUAUUGUCCAGAAUGAGGGUGGAGAAAAAUGACAUGGUGGUUGGUUAUGGGUUGCAGUUAUAUAUUUUGGGGGGGUCCUGAGGUAGCAGUCAGCCAGCUGCAGAAACGUCCUGUCCCUCCAUCAUAUCUGUGACACCUUUGUACUUCAACCAUGAUGCUUUGAGUCUGGGAAUUAAAUUUAGCAAUGCUAACAUCCUAAAUAACGCACAAAGUGAAGAACCUGUAGUGAGGAUUAUAUGCUUUUGAGUUAUUCUUCCUGUCAGACACAUGCACACAAAACUAUGCUGAUUGUAACACAUUCUUGCUUGUUUACAUGCCACCACACAUUUUCUUCCUGUUUAUUAAGAAGCUCUAAACUCUUGGUGUGGACUUCAGUCUGUAUUCAACUCUUACCAGCUGUUAUUAUCUGUUCAGCCUGAGAACUGCCUUUCACAAUCAGACACAAUAAGUAAAAGAAAAAAUUGUUCUGCUGGAAUAGCCGAGAACUUGGUGGAUCUUUAAAGCACUUGAAUAUAUUAGAACCUUCAUUUAUUAGCCAGGAUUCAGAGCUGCUCAUGUUCAAUAGUGUUCAGAUGUUAAAAGGCAUCGGAGAGCAGCCGACUCCUCUACUUGCUAUGUGUUCAGUGAAGAAAAUAUGUAAAGACAGAAAAGGCUAUAUAAAAUGUUGUAGAGGGUUUAAUUUUUCUCAAUUUUCCCUUUUUUUUUUCUUGAUGAAACCUGUGAUACAGAACCUGCAUAUUGACUAAGUUCAAAUGAAUAAAGGAUUGGUAUUCACUGGCA